AAGAGGUGUGUGAUUGUGCGUUUGUGCGAAGGAACAGAACAGAACAGAACAGAAGACAGUGAUUGAUGAGAUCGAUGAAGAAGGAGAAGGGAAUGGCUGUGUCAAGCCCCGUGAGUGGUGAAGACAGCGAUGAUAAACAACACCCUUCCUUUCCCUCUGUCAGAUUCUCUUCCCGCAACGCUUCCUCCAAAUACGAUUUCGUCAAGGUAAAGGUGUGGUUGGGUGAUAAUGCUGACCACUACUAUGUUCUCUCCAGAUUUUUGCUCAGCAGAAUGCUAACGGUAACCAAGAUUCCGAAUCAUGUAGCUAUCAAAAUUGCUCUAGAACUGAAGAAGCUGCUCAUAGACAACAGCCUUCUAGAUGUCUCUCAGUCUGACUUGGAAGCCAACCUAUUCAAGAAACAUUCUAAUAGGGCACUAUAUGUGCAGCUUAUGGAGCGGCGGGGAUACGGAGAAGAGUACAUUAAUCGUUAUAAGAUGAUGACAAGAUUUCACCAUCAACGAGUUCCGUUAGUAAUCCUUGUCUGUGGAACUGCUUGCGUUGGGAAGUCUACUAUUGCCACCCAGCUUGCACAGAGGUUAAAUUUGCCAAAUGUAUUACAGACAGAUAUGGUUUAUGAAUUGUUGCGCACAUCAACAGAUGCACCAUUGGCGUCGACUCCUGUAUGGGCUAGAGACUUUGGUUCGCCAGAGGAAUUAAUAACUGAAUUUUGCAGAGAAUGCAGGGUUGUUCGUAAAGGCUUGGCCGGUGAUCUGAAAAAGGCAAUGAAAGAUGGAAAGCCAAUUAUAAUUGAGGGAAUACAUUUGGAUCCUAGCAUUUAUUUAGUGGAUGAUGAAAAUAAAUCACCUGCUGCUGCACAUGCAGUAAAUAAAGAGAUAAAUCCAGCAUCUGUGGCAUCGGAAGAUACUGCUACAGAAAAAAUAAAAAAUAUUCAUGUGGGGAGUGGUGAUGAGAGUAAUGGUGGCUCCAAGACUUUUAGCUCCAUUGAAGGAGUAUCUGCUGACCAGGUUGAUGCAGUGUCAAAUUCUAUGGCAUCAAUGGGCCUAACUGGCAGCAUCUCUGGACAUAAUAAAGUUUGUCAUGCAGAUGCUCCUCUUAGAGAACUGGAGACAGACAAAACUAUUAGUAAGGAGAAGUCAGGCCCCAAACCAAUAAUUGUGCCUAUUGUUUUGAAGAUGGCUGAAUUUGAUCAUAAGGCAUUACUUGAGGAAUGGAUCUCCUCUCGUACCUUUAAUGACAAAUGCUCAGAUCAGGAUAAUGAUAAGCUUAUAGCCAACCUGAAAACCAUACAGGAUUAUCUGUGCUCAUUCACAUCACAGGGGUUAACUGUGGUCAAUGUAUCAGCAACCACAUUUCCGCAAACAUUGGAUUGGUUGCAUGGCUACCUUCUUCAGUGCAUCGAGCAAGGUAUUAAUGAAAAUGUUACACCGGUAGUUGCAGCCUAAUCCAUGUAAUGAUUCCAAUUUUGACAGAUUCGACUUCAUAUCACUACAGUCAUGUAAGGUGCUGACUCUGCCAGGCCACUGUUCAAAGAACGCUACCCUAAUUACGAUCUUCCCUUGCAUUGUCAACAUUUGCUGUUAAAAUAAUUAUAUGAUUAUGUGAUUUGACGAGGAAUUCCAUUAUCCCCCGAAAAAUUAAUAGCAUUGACGGCUCUACCUUUUC